GACGCUUUGAACAUGCGCUAUUUCCGGGUGGGCGUGGCCUGGUGUCAGUGCUUCGCGGAGCCGCGGCUGGAGGCUAAAGCAUCAUGCGGUUCUACCUCCUGUUUCCCCUCCUGCUGAGCUGCGGGCUCGCUGUUGGUAAGUUCGAUGACUUUGAGGACACCGACGACAUUGCCGAGUAUGACGACAAUGACUUUGCGGAGUUUGAAGACACGAGUGAGGAUGUACCCCAGGAGACACUCCAGAAGGUCACCACUGUGCAGGACGAUGAGGAAGAGGCAACUGUAGAAGUGGAAGAUCAGGAUGAAAACCAGGAAGAUUUUGAAGAUGCAGAUGCAGCAGGAGAAGGAGACGCAGAAGGAGAGCCAUUUGAUGAUGAAGAAUUUGAAGGUUAUGAGGAGGUGGACAGACCUUCCAGCAGAAGCAAAGGUCCAAUUAAAAUUGUUAAUGUCCCCCAUCAUCUGCAGAACAGCUGGGAGAGCUAUUACAUGGAGAUUCUGAUGGUGACAGGCCUGUUGGCAUACAUCAUGAACUACAUCAUAGGCAAAAACAAAAACAGCAGACUGGCUACUGCUUGGUUCAAUUCUCACAAGGAACUGCUGGAGUCUAACUUUUCCCUGGUUGGGGAUGAUGGCAUCAAUAAAGAACCCAUCAGCACAGGAAAACUAACUCAGGAAAAUGAACAUAUCUACAACCUGUGGUGCUCAGGGCGUGUGUGCUGUGAGGGAAUGCUAAUUCAGCUAAAGUUCUUGAAACGGCAGGAUCUAUUGAAUGUACUUGCAAGAAUGAUGAGGCCUGCCAGUGAUCAAGUGCAAAUCAAAGUGACAAUGAAUGAGGAAGACAUGGACACCUAUGUGUUUGCAAUCGGUUCACGGAAGGCCAUGGUUCGGAUGCAGAAGGAGAUGCAGGACUUGAGUGAGUUCUGCAGCGAUAAGCCCAAGUCAGGGAUAAAGUUUGGGCUUCCUGAUUCACUGUCUAUCCUGUCUGAGAUGGCCGAGGUCACAGAGGGUAUCCUGGACAACAGGAUGGUGCACUUCCUGUCAAAUCAUGCCGACAAGAUUGAGUCUGUUCAUUUUUCGGAUCAGUUCUCUGGCGCUAAAAUUAUUCAAGAAGAGGGUCAGCCCCUCAAGCUGCCUGACACUAAAAAGACACUACUGUUUACAUUUAAUGUGCCUGGAAUCGGCAACACGUCUCCAAAGGACAUGGAGUCCUUGCUACCGUUAAUGAACAUGGUUAUUUACAGCAUUGACAAGGCAAAGAAGUAUCGUCUGAACAGAGAGGGUAAGGUGAAAGCUGAUAAAAAUCGUGCUCGUGUGGAGGAGAACUUUCUAAAGAUGACGCAUGCGCAGCGUCAAGAAGCUGCACAAACCCGCAGGGAGGAGAAAAAGCGAGCAGAGAAAGAAAGGAUCAUGAAUGAGGAGGACCCAGAGAAACAGCGCCGGCUUGAGGAAGCUGCUCUUCGUCGUGAGCAGAAGAAGUUGGAGAAGCGUCAAAUGAAAAUGAAACAGAUCAAAGUGAAAGCAAUGUAGGAGCAGCAAAUAACCUGGAGGAGGAGGGGAAGGCUGCUGCCUUGCAAGAGAGAAGACCCACAUCAAAUUGAAAUGUUUGAUUUUAAUGGAAAAUAAAACCUCAGGGCACCCAAAUAAUCGAUAAGCAAUUUAUACAACGAGUUCCACACCUGCCAUUUUUAAAAACCUGGCGAAAUGCGAUUUCCUUCCUUUUGCCCUACUACUCGCUUGAUUCUGCAUGAAACUCCGCCGUGAGCUGCUCUGGGGUUGGAUAUCACCUUGUCCAACCCUACUCCGACCACCAGCUUCUAACAGGACUGGAUUUGAACCCUUGAGAAUCAAAACACGGAGUUUAAACUGACGAUUUGAGCAGACGUGCAACACACUAAGCAGUAGAAUCCAGUAGUGACUUACUGUGGUAUUUUUGGGUGGUGGUAAUAAUAUCACUGAUCCAUAAUUUUACCAUGUAAUUUCCAGAUGGUCAUCAAUACAGAUGUGUUAGAUUUAUCACAGGUUUAUCAAUUUGUAUUUACAGAAUUAGAUUACUGAAGGAUCUAA